CAGUUCAGCUCCGCGGGGCACGGGACGCGGCACCCCCAACCCCGCGCGGCCCUCGCACAAGCCCUGAAGGCUCGCACACGGGGAAUGGGGCGGGGGUCACCGGACCCCACCCCGCCAGCAGUGGAGGCGGGACCUGCACGGGCCGUCCAAUAGCACGCAACGGGUGGGUUCUGGCACGCACCUGCAGGCCUACAAGUCAAAGUCAAGGUGCUGGGGCCAGUCCAGAACCUGCGAGUCGAAACCCAGCAACACUAUGCUGAGCUUCUCCCCAAGCCCUCAGCAUGGCACCUGGACAGAGCUGUUCUUUCUGCUUUGGGGUCUUGGCGCUGCCCUCUACUUGGGCUACUACUGGGCAUGUGUGCCCCAGAGACCUCGACUGGUAACGGGGUCCAGGUUCCUGGCCUUCCUGGAGCAACACUGUCCAAUCACUGUGGAGACUUUCUACCCUACGCUGUGGUGUUUUGAGGGGCGGCUACAAACCAUCUUCCGAGUCUUACUGCAACCUCGGCCUCCAGUCCUUUACUGGAGUGAGGUCCUCCAAACCCCAGAUGGAGGACAGCUGCUGCUAGACUGGGCCGGCCGGCCCGGCGGCAGUCGGCACCCAGCCCCAGCCACGCAGCCUGUUGUACUGCUGCUUCCUGGGAUAACAGGCAGUAGCCAGGAGACCUAUAUCUUGCACCUAGUUGACCAAGCUUUGAAGGAUGGUUAUAGGGCUGUCGUUUUCAACAACCGGGGCUGCCGUGGGGAAGCACUGCUGACCCACAGGGCCUUCUGUGCUAGCAACACUGAAGAUCUGGAGAUGGUUGUGAGCCACAUAAAGCGCCACUACUCCCACGCUCCACUGCUGGCUGUGGGCAUCUCUCUCGGAGGGAUACUGGUACUGAACCACCUGGCACGGACAGGACGGGCUGCAGGGCUGGUGGCAGCACUGACUCUGUCUGCAUGCUGGGAUUCCUUUGAGACCACCAGUUCCCUGGAGACGCCACUCAACUCACUGCUCUUUAAUCAGCGCCUCACUGCGGGGCUCUGCCAAGUUGUGGACCGAAACAGAAAGGUGAUGGAAAAGGUGGUCGAUGUAGACUUUGUGCUACAGGCCCGCACAAUCCGCCAAUUUGAUGAGCGAUACACAGCUGUGGCCUUUGGAUAUAAAGACUGUGUUACCUACUACCACGCAGCAAGCCCAAGAACUAAAGUAGCUGCCAUUGAGACACCUGUGCUCUGCCUCAAUGCAGCUGAUGACCCCUUCUCCCCAGCCCACGCCCUUCCACUACAGGCUGCCCAGCAAUCUCCUUAUGUCGCACUGCUCAUCACAGCCCAGGGUGGUCACAUUGGCUUCCUGGAAGGGCUGCUCCCCUGGCAGCAUUGCUACAUGAGCCGCCUCUUCCAUCAGUAUGCCAAAGCCAUCUUCCAGCACCCAGCAGAGCUGCUCAGCCUCAAGGCGCUCUCAACUCCUGAGGGGGACAAGAGCUGA